GUGGGUCCACUGGGUGCUUAGUACAUACUAAUGGUAAUUUCAUGGAUUAUAUUGACAAAACGCAAUGGGGUUGUUUGGUGGAGUACUUGUCUUACAAACUUAAAAAUCUGUUAGAGCCAAGCUUUGAAUUUUGGAAGAAAAUCAUUUUUUUGCUUGCUCGCUUGCUCCUGAUGACUCUGCCUCCUUCCUUCCUACCACCAAUAGUGCCCUUUGCCUAUUCUCUGUUGAAUAAUUGUCUUUUUUUUUCCUCUUGACUUGAUACUGUUUUUGUUAUUUUUAGAUUUAAGCAUGUGUUGAGAUUGUUAAUGUUACUAUUAUUAAUACUGUCAAGUUUAUAUUUUUACAGAUAUAGUUUAAACUAGAAAAUUAUUUCACAUAUAUAAGAUGGCAGCCCCAAAGACAAAGGCAGUAUGGGAUGCAAUUACAACUAAAAUUUUCUGUGAGGUCUGUUUCGAAGAGGUUAUGGCUGGUAAUCGUCCCACUGGUACUUUUAAUAAAAUAGGGUGGAAAAAUGUAGAACAAAAAUUUAAUGCAAGAGCAAAUAAAACUUAUAGUUAUAAACAAUUAAGAAAUAAGUGGGAUUCAUUAAAAUGUGAUUGGGUUUUGUGGAAUCAACUUUUAAAACAAGAAACAGGGUUAGGGUGGAACCAUGAAAAGGGUACCAUUGAUGCUACUCCUCAGCGAUGGGCUGCAUUGAAAGCGGAAAAUAAAGAAUAUGCUAAGUUUGAGCAUCGUGGAUUAGAAAAUGCAGCAGAGCUCGAGAGAAUGUUUGAUAAAAUAGUGACAACGGGUGAAACUGCAUGGACCCCAGCUGCUGGUGCUGUUUUUCCAGAUCCAGAUGUGGGUCAAUUAAGGGUUGAAGAUGCUGUUGAUUUAGAAGAAGGAAGUGGUGAUUCUGAUGAUGUGAACAUCAUGGCUACACCAACCCAAAAAAGCAAUGAAAAAAGGAAGAAUAAAGUUGGUAGUUCAAGUAACCUUAAAGGAAAGAAAGUUAAGUCGGGGGGAGCAGCAUACAUGCAAAGACAAUUGGAUCGUCUUUGUGAUGCAGUUGAGAGUUACACCGAAGCUAAUUUAACCGAAUCAUCAAGGAAGAAUUAUGCAGAUGCACCUACGGAUAGUGUUGGAGAAUGCAUGGAAUUGUUGUUGACUUUGCCUGGAAUUGAAGAUGGUGAUGAAUUAUAUAUGUUAGGUACUCGUUUGUUUGUGAAACAAGAAUAUAGAAAUAUGUUUAAGAGUAUCAAAUCUGUUAACUCUAAAAUUGCUUGGUUAAAACAAGAGUUGGAGACAGACAAGGUGAGGGCUGAGUUGAAUAGGCAGAAAGCUAGUAAAAAGCACUGAAUAUUAGAUAUUAAUCUAUGUUGUUAUAUUUGAUCUUGAGUUUCUAGUAUUGAUGUGGUAUUUAGGAUUUGAGAUGCAAAACUAAUAUGAAUAUUGGGGUUUUAAUUUUUAGAUUUGAGAAUUUAAGUUUUUAUUGUUUAGUUUUUAGCAUUAUGAUAUUUGUGGUGUUGGUAUUUAACAUAUAUAAUUGUAAUAUUUAUGUAGAAUGUUGAAUGGUAUUAUGAAUCUAUGUUUUAUCAUAAAGUUUUUUUCAAAUU